AUGGAAGUGAAAAUGCAGCACAGAUCCCGCGUUCACGUGUUCCAGAUACAGGUCAAAGCGCUCAUCAAAACGCUGAAAUGUCUACAGUCGGACGAUAAAUACCAAGCGCUACUGUUUCUCAUUUCGGCCAUCAAGCUGUACGUGAAAAUCCUGUACACUGACUGCCAGGAGCGUAUCUACAAACCCUCAAUACUCAGAGAGCUGCACAAUAUCGAGAAUGUGAUCCUGGUGAACCUGCUCAAAUCGCGAAGUGCGGCCGCGUCCGGCUCGUCGUCGGUGGCCACGGGCCACAGCACCACCUCGUCGUCGUUUGCGGCGGGCGGUAAAGCCUCCUGUCUCGACAUUAGUAGCACAAGUGUACGCAGCGCGGACCUAUCGAUCGGUGGUGAUGGGUUGCUACUGCUGAUGCGGCAACAGCAGCAGAACAGCAGCGCGCCACUAGCACCUUGGGAUCUGCGGGGGAAACUAUUGCGCGGCAACCUGUUCGACGGGCUGUCAGUGACGACGACAGGUGGUGCUAGAGGUGCUAGUGGUUUGUUGCCGACAGGUGGCGGCCGACGAAAGUGGUUAGGCAACGUACGGAUGAACCGGGCGCUGGUCCGCCUGAUAGCGAGCCAUGAUUUUAAGUUGCUGUUUAACAUGUUCGAGCAAAGCAUCUUUCCGACGUGGAAGAUCUACAAGAAUGAGCAGAUUUUCGUUCGCAAGCGGCCCGCGCUCACGACGGUAACCGUGCGCACCUCGCUGCCCGCCCUCUGUUACGAGGGCGGACUGUCCCACUCACCUCCGGCGACGUACAUCAAGAAAGAAGAGUUCGACUUUGAUCCACCCUACUCGCUGGCGGACGAUCACUGCUUCGAGGAGAUCAAGGAGGAGGACGAGGAUCUGCUACUGAUGAAGGAGGAAGACUCGAUCGACAACUCGAACGAAAUCUUCUCCGAGGAGGAAUCGUCCACCAACAACACCUCGCUGAUGCUUUCCUCCGACACAAAUACGCUCGAUACCAACGACUCGAGCAUGGUUUCACACGAACGAAACAAGGAACAGGUCUACCAGUGCUUACUGUGUGAUAAAAGUUAUAGGAAAAGGAAAUCUCUCGUCAUCCAUUUUAGCCACCACCCAGGCUUCUGUCCCGACUGUGGAAAACAACGCGGGGUCACGUCGGAGGAAAUUGUGGAACAUAAUCGAAUGUAUCACAAGAACCGGCCACACAUAUGCGAACACUGUGGCGAAACGUUUACGCGGAACCAACAGUACCAGAUUCACGUGGAGGGUCAUUUCAUCAGCAAGGCGAGGGUAGCGGAGCAAAAUUGCAAAAAAACCCACAAGUACAGCUGCAAGACGUGCAGUAUCGUUUUCAACAAUCAGAAAUAUCUCGAAAAGCACAUCCAAAAAACGAACCACCAGGCGGAGGGUUUGGUGUGCGACAUUUGCGGUGCAAUAUUCUGUAACAGUAUCAAGCUCAGCCAGCACGUCACUCGUUCGCACAACAAUGUGUUUACGCAAAAAACGAGUCUCGAGCAAAGCUUGUUGCUGCAGGGAACGAGUGUGGCGGAGAAAAACUAUCCCUGCGAUCAAUGUGGUGCUUCGUUUCUUUCGCAGCCUUCGCUGCGAGAACAUAUUAAAAUUGCCCAUCCGGUUCCGGAAAAUAAGUUCGAGUGUAACAUCUGCAACAAGGUUUUCGCUGCCAAGCGGUCCCUGAAACGCCAUAAACUUUGCCAUUCAAACGAAAGAGCCUUCCACUGUACGGUGGAGAACUGUAAGGAAACGUACAAAAACCAAUCCCAUCUGGCACGCCACAUGAAAGCGGCGCACCAAAUCGACCCGCCCUCGAAGCGCCUACAGAAAGCGAAAGCGGUGGCCGCAGCGCUUGGCACUGCCUCUACGUCCGUACCCGAACCGCUCGCCAGCGGAGACCUUUUCGGGGGCCACACCGCCGACGCUCAGAUGGGCGGUUCGUGCGACUCGAUAAAGGCGACGAGUACACUGAAAAAAUCGCUCGGUAGCAGCGAAAAAUCUCUCGGUGACAGUAGCACCAACUUCAGUGACAAUAUGUCCGCGUUUAAUUACGAGUUUUCUGACACGACCGGCGGUACCUCGACGCCAGCAAUACCGACGCUCGAGCAGAAUAUGCUUCCGUCGACCGGUAUUCUGGGGGCCGGUUCUGGUGCUGGUGCAUCGAUAGCCAGUAGUCGCACUGCAGCUUUAACGUGUACGGUCCCCGGUCAAGGUGGUGCUUUCAACGAUCCGACAAUAAGUUUCGGCAACAGUGGAAACAGCGGCAACAAGCAGCAAGCUUCACAGCAGCAACAGCAGCACAUCGGAUGGCAGAAUCUCGAGUUUAGCUCCGGAACGCAUCGACCGGGAAUCCCAACUGGUGCCGGCGCUGGCGGCAUGUCUCCGAUGGACCCGUUGGCGAUAGGUCCGGGAAGCUUUAUGGACGGGACGGCACAUCACCAGCAAUCGCCCCACCAUCAACAUCACCAUCCUCACCACCAACAGCUUCACCACGGUGGAAAUGCAAUGACCGGAGCACCAAGUGCUAGCAGCGGUUUUAUGGUCUCCAGCGGUCCGAGAAGAUUCCCUCUUCCCGAAAGCAACUUCAUCUGUGAGCACUGUGAUGAGACGAACUUCAUCAAUGCCCAACAGUUUCAGCUCCACAUUCAAGACCACUUUGCUGGCAAGGAGGGCAAAGAGCAUGCCAACAAGAAACUCCAACGGUUAAACUGUAAAACGUGUAGUCUGGUGUUUGCCACUGGAGCCCAGCUCGAUCGGCACAUUCAAAAGACGAACCAUCACACCGAAUGCAUCGCAUGUGAGAUUUGUAGUGCAAUAUUCAACUCUAAUUUAAAGGUUUACCAGCACAUGCUGAAAUGUCACAAAAAUGACGUAUGGUUCGCCUGUGAACAGUGCUCAAAGGUUUUCAUCAUGCAACAGGACUAUGACGCACAUCAGCUGGUGCAUCAGACGGUCACGGACCGGUCGAUCAUCUGUGAGCACUGUGCCUCAUCCUUCCUCACGCAGGAAGCCCUGAAGGAACAUAUCAAAAUAGCACAUUCGAUGGACAAAAAAUAUAAAUGCCCUAUUUGCAAUAAGCUGUUCGCUGCACGACGCUCACUGAAACGCCAUAAGCUGUGCCACGAGGAGGAAGCUGCAUUCCGUUGUUCGGCCGAAGGUUGCAGUGAAGCGUUCCGCACGGCGGGCAAUCUGGCCAAGCACAAAAAGAUGGCCCAUCCGGCAGGCAUCGUACCGGCGGCGGCAAUUGUCGCUGCGUCCAUCGAUCCGAUUGGCGAUAAAAUGGUCGGCGGAGGGGCAAUGGGUCAGAGUACAAGUAAACUUCCCAGCGGACUAGCAACACCGAUGGCAGGAACCGUUGGCGCUGGGGUGGGCGUAAUUGGCGGCCCCAAUGCCUCACCGGUGGCCACAAACGUUGGUGCGAUGAAAACGCUUGAAAAGUCCCACCCGGAAAUGAUGGCACGGAGCGGCACGGGAUCGGGCAUCAUGUCCCCGGUGGGUCCGGGCGGUAGUGGCAAUGUCGGUAUGAUGGGUCUGGCGGGGCCAUCCGGUGCCAUGAUGACCGGUGCAUUAGGGACUGGCGGGCCGGGAUUGAAAGGUGAACGAUCGUCCGCUGGCAGUAUGAUGGUGCCUCCGUCGAGAACGUCCAGUGCUGGAAGCAAUGCAGGCGGAAUGAGUGGCAACAACCCGUCCGUAGGCAAUACAACCAUGCUGUACAAUCCUUACGAGGCCAUGCACUACAACAGCAGCGUCCUAGGUCCACCUGGUCCUCAACAUCAUCCGCGCUAUCCGCAGCCAACACACUCACUCCAUCACUCACCAUCUCAGUUUGGUGCUAUGACAAACCCCGGUACCGUUGCGACUGCUGCCUCCAUGCACUACGGUUCUCCGGGUCACGGCUUACGAACGGUUCCGAGUGGUACCGGGCCGGGAACGAAUGCCGAACAGCAGCAAGCUGUCUCCGGCUAUCGGAUGACCGACCCUUCUGCUAACGCUACUAGUGUCGGGGCUGGUGGAAGUGUAGCAAACACGGGCACCAAUAUUCCGUACAACUACGGGCAGGUAGGAAAUCAAUUCGAUUGGCAAAACAUGGAACUCGGUGGCCAGAUGGUGGUUGAUACCGAUGUAAUGAGUGGAGGCACUGUAAGUGGCGGGAAUGGUUCCGUGACAAGCGGUGCGAUGAAGAGUAGUAAAUACUACCAAGCAAUGCACGAACCUUCGGCCAGCGGUCCUUCAAGUGGAUUCCUAUCCGCACAUCAGCAACAACAACAGCAACAGCAGCAGCAACAACAGCUACAGCAUCAAUCGUCACAUCACACAUCACAGCAUAUGCAUCACACGCAUCAACAGCAUGCUCAGCUGCAGCAACAACAGCAGCUUCCACAGGGACAUCCCCAUCAAACACAGCAGGCGAGCGGACUACAGCAAAGCAAACCUUCCCAAGAACAAACCCAUCAGCAGCAACAACAGCAACAUCUCAUAAAUAUGAAUAAUCAAGACAUGAUGGGUUAUCAGGAAAUGUGGAACGCCAAUAUGAUGAAAAUGGAGUUUCAGGAAGAAACGAGCGGUUCAACUGCUGCGGCCAGCGGUUCAUACAAUAGCUUGGGAACCAUUCUUACCAAUUUAGAACUGAUGGGCAGCGGCAGUAACUUUGAGCAGCAAUCCCCACAACAACAAAGCUAUGAUAUGCUGGCGGGAGGAUCUCGCACUGCAACCGAUCAGGCUAGGUUACAGUCGGCCCAAUCUCCUGUGUUAACUCCACAGCAAGUACAACACCACCAUUCGCAACAACAACAACAGCAACAGCUUCAUCAGCAGUCGAAAGGAAAUCAUUUCCACGGCGCCAACAAACAGCAACACUCAAGCGCAAUGUUGCCGAUCGUAGAACCAGGACAGUUGGUUAAUCAGCAUCAGCACCAUCAUCAACAACAGCAACAGCUCCAUCAUCAACAGCAGCAAUAUUUCCACGAUCAUCAUGGGCAACCUUCGAGUAGCCAUCAUCAGCAGCAGCAACAGACACCUCAUUCGCAUCAUUCCGCUAUGGGCCACGUGCCAUUAGGGCACCACCACAGCCAUCAUUCGCAGCAGCAACAACAGCAUCAUCUUCAGCAGCAACAGAUGCAACACUACAACCCGCACAUGCCGCAACAUCCACAACUCUCGCAACAUCAUCCUCACGCUCCUGGACCACCGCAGGCACCCAGUGGCCAACAGUCGCACCUUGCGCAGCACAAUCCGCAGCAGCAACAACCACAGCAUCAGCAACAACAUCCAGUAGCAGGUUUGCAACAACAACAACAGCAACCGGCAAUGAGCUACAACCCGAAUCAGUCGCAGGCAGCUACGGGUGAUGCCGGUGGCAGUAACACCGCUGCCCCGAUGCCGACCGACAUAUCGAAAACCCCGAACAAUCUACCGUUCGUCGAUAGUUUCACCGAAUCGAUCGACUACCUGCAACAGUCCUUUCAGUACGUGUAAUAGGCCGUUCGAUAGCUGUGGUUGGUAGUAUUUAUAUUGCUAUUUCGUUUUCGUCCCGUGCCUUCCCAAAGUUAUCGGUGCAUUUUUUGCAGACUUCCUUUCUCGCUCUUGCUUGCACAAUAAGCUUGCAUCUGAUUGCAUUUAUUUGUUUGUUUUAUGUUGCCUUAAUCUUUGUUCCUUGCCAACAUCGUAAAACGAUAGAUAAAUUAUACGUUUAACAAAUAUUUUAUGAAAUACCGCUCGGAAGGGACUGGUGCAAUGGACGAAGCGCGCGCGGGAAAAAUGACGUGAAAGCACCAACGAGUGUGUUCGUACGUUCGAACAAAUUAAGUUAAAAUGUCGAGACCUCAGAAAAGAUAAACUAAACGAAA